GUACUGUGCUAACUUCACCCACGCAUUCCUACUCUUUCGUUCUCUUCUUCACUUCACUCUUUCGUUUUUUUUUUCACUUCUCUCUCCCUGCAAUUAAAACCAAUGCAAUUGUACCUGUCUUUUUAACGUUAAUUCAACUUUUUCUGUUUUUUUUGUGUAACCUGUAACCUAAAGACCUUGUCUCUGAUUUUAUUUUCAUAAUAACUGGAAAAAAAAAUCAAAACUUCAAGAAAUUCUUCAUGGAAUCAUCAAAUGAUGAUCAUAAUCAGAAUCAAACUAAAAAUCUGAAGCGAACUUUCGAUAAGUUGUACGUAAAACCCCAUGUUGAAGUUUUCCCUUCUCAAGAAUCCCUCAUUACAAAUUUGGUCCCUAGAAGGGAUCAGUUAGAGGCGUUUGAGAUUGCAAAGAGGAGGAACACAAUAGCAAUAAUGGAUACAGGUUCUGGAAAAACACUGAUAGCUAUAAUGCUUAUUAAAGAAAUUGGUCAAGCUGUUAGGUCUAGUGGUGACAAAAAGAUUAUUGUUUUCUUAGCACCAACUGUUGUUUUGGUCAAUCAGCAAUACAAGAAUAUAAAACUUAACACAGAUCUUCAAGUUGAGGAGUACCAUGGGGCUAAAGGAGUUGAUACAUGGGAAUUCAAGAGCUGGCAGAAGGAAGUUAGAGACAAUGAUGUAAUGGUCAUGACACCCCAGACUCUUUUGGAUGCCUUAAGAAAAGCAUUCCUGAGUAUAGAAAUGAUAUGCUUGAUGGUCAUCGAUGAGUGUCAUCAAGCAUCAGGCAACCAUCCCUAUACAAAAAUAAUGGCGGAAUUUUAUCACCAAGCUAAUGAAAAGCCAAAGAUUUUUGGGAUGACAGCAUCACCAAUUGGUAAAAGAGGUGUUUCUUCUACUUUGGAUUGUAAGUAUCAGAUAUCAGACCUUGAAAACAUCUUAGAUUCUCGGAAAUAUACGGUUAAAGAUCGGACAGAGAUGGAUACAUGUAUUCCAUCUGCAAAAGAGAGUUGUAGAUACUAUGACCAAGCACGAUCUCCUGCUUUGAGUUUGAGGCCAAAAAUUGAAGCCUCGUGGUCGAAGUGUGAUGUGUUGUUAUCAGAUUUUCAAAGUAACUAUAAGGAUAUGGACGAUAAGUUUAAGACACUGCAUCAAAGAAUGUCCAAUGAGCUUGCCAAAAUUUUCUAUUGCCUCGAAGAUCUUGGACUGUUGUGUGCUUGUGAGGCUGCUAAAAUAUGUCAUCAAAAAUUCUCCAAAAUUUAUGGAGAAUGUGAAGUUUACAGAAAAGCUAAUCUUCAGUGUGUAACUGUCAUUGAAGAAGUAAUCCAAAUAAUCGAAGAAUCCCUCCAUCUUGCCGAUGAAGUGAUUUUGGAUGUUGAAUUUGAUUUUUCAAAGGCAGUGAACAUGGGAUACAUAUCACCAAAAUUACUUGAACUAAUUAAACUCUUCCAAACAUUUGGAGAACCUAGUCAAUUAUUGUGCCUCAUUUUUGUGGAAAGAAUCAUUGCGGCUAAGGUGAUUGAAAUAUUUGUGAAAAAAGUUUCCCAGAUAUCUCAUUUCACAGUUGCCUAUGUAACCGGAAGCAAUACAUCAGCUGAUGCACUGGCUCGUAACAGGCAGAAAGAGAUAAUGGAUUCUUUCCGAUCCGGAAAGAUCAAUCUUCUAUUUACUACUGAUGUACUUGAGGAAGGAAUCCAUGUGCCAAACUGCUCGUGUGUGAUACGUUUUGACCUCCCUACGACAGUUUGUAGUUAUAUCCAAUCUCGUGGAAGAUCUAGGCGUGCUAACUCGCAAUUCAUCUUGAUGUUGGAGAGGGGAAACUUGAAGCAAAGAAAUCAGCUUUUUGACGUUAUCAGGGGGGAGCGUUCCAUGACUGAUGCAGCUGCUAGCAAAGACCAUGAAUCUAAUUUAAGGGCGUUUACAGUAAGGAAAACGGAGUCAUACUAUGUAGAUUCUACUGGAGCAUCAGUAAAUUUAGAUUCUAGUGUUAGUCUUGUAAAUCAGUAUUGCGAAAAGCUCCCACGAGAUAAGUACUCCUCGGCAAAGCCCAAUUUUGAGUUACUACCUGUGGUGGGAGGGUACGAGUGUAAAUUGAUUUUACCACCUAAUGCAGCUUUCCAAAUAAUGGUUGCGUCUUCAGGAAAAGACAUGCGUUUGGCAAAGAGUCUUGUAUGUUUGGAAGCUUGUAAGAAGCUGCAUCAAAUGGGCGCCUUAAAUGAUCAUCUCGUUCCUUUCACUGAAGAUCCUUCAGAAGCAGACAUUUUGAAAAACAAGGAAUCGAGUUCAGGUGCAGGCGCAGGAACCACAAAAAGAAAAGAGCUCCACGGAACGGCCGGCGUUCAGGCAUUAUGUGGUUCAUGGGAGGACAAACUUGAUGGAGCCAAAUUUCAUGGCUAUAAAUUUGAAUUCCGAUGUAAUAUUGUCGAUGAAAUUUACUCUGGCUUUGUUCUUCUGGUUGAGACAAAGCUUGACGAUGAUGUGGGAAAUAUGGAACUAGAUCUGUAUUUAAUCUCAAAGAUGGUGAAGACUUCUAUCAUUCCAUGUGGGCAGGUUGACUUGGAUGCUGAACAGGUGGCGAGAGCAAAAAGCUUCCAUGAGCUUUUUUUCAAUGGUUUGUUUGGGAGAUUGAUUCGUAAAUCCAAAUCAGCAGCAAAAGGAGAAAGGGAGUUUUUACUGCAGAAAGACACAGAUUUAUUGUGGAGUCCAAAAAACUCGUAUUUGCUUCUACCACUUGAGAAGUCAAAUGAUAUAUGUACGGGAUCUUUGCAAAUACACUGGUCUGCAAUUAGUUCUUGUUCUUCUGCCAUUGAGUUUGUAAGGCGUAAGUUUUCGUUGGUUGCUGAAGAUUCGGAUGAUACCAGUUCAUCUGCUAUGGAACCCGAAAGCACUAACAUGUUUCACUUCGCCAAUGAUGUCGCGGAUGUUAGUAACAUUAAAGAUACGGUAGCUUUGGCCAUUCAUACUGGAAAAAUUUAUUGUAUCAUUGAUGUUGUUGAGAACUCAUCUGCUGAAAAUCCUUUUGAUGGAAACAAUGACAAGGCGGAAACAAAGACGUUCUCUCAAUAUUUCAAGAAAAGGUAUGGAAUCACACUAAAACAUCCAGAACAGCCUUUGUUAAGGCUGAAGCAAGGUCAUAAUGCGCAUAAUCUUUUUUUGAACACUCCCGAGGAAGAUGCAGGGGAAAAGUCAUCACAAGUUGGCCCGGUUCCAAAAGCGCCAGUACACGUUCACAUGCCACCUGAGCUUCUUUGCCUUCUUGAUGUUAAAAGAGGCGUGUUGAAGUCAAUGUACUUGCUACCGUCUCUUAUGUACCGUAUUGAAUCUUUCAUGUUAUCCAGUCAGCUUAGAGCAGAGAUAAAUGGUCACGCUGACAAUUUCAAGAUACCUAGCUCUCUGAUUCUUGAAGCACUUACGACUUUAAGAUGCUGUGAGAAGUUUUCUAUGGAACGUCUUGAGUUGCUAGGAGAUUCUGUUUUGAAAUACGCUGUCAGCUGUCAUCUCUUUCUUAAAUAUCCUAAGAAACAUGAAGGACAUUUAUCUGCCAAAAGACAAUGGGCUGUUCGUAAUUCAACCCUACAUAAGCUUGGAAUAGAUCGCAAAUUACAGGGAUAUAUUCGAGACUCCGCAUUUGAACCACGCCGUUGGGUUGCUCCCGGACAAGACUCUAUACACACUGCUCCUUGUGAUUGUGGGUUGGAAACCCUGGAGGUUCCUUUUGACACAAAGUUCAUUACGGAAGAUCCACAAGUUGUGGUUGGGAAGUUGUGUGACAGGGGUCACCGCUGGAUGUGUUCAAAGACUAUUGCCGACUGUGUUGAAGCUCUUAUAGGAGCAUACCACGUUGGUGGUGGAUUGAUUGCUUCACUUCACGUGAUGAAAUGGCUUGGAAUUGAUUCGGAACUUGAACUAUCCAUGGUCGAAGAAGCCAUUGCUGCUGCAUCUCUACAUACAUAUAAGCCAAAAGUAAAUGAGAUUGCAAGCCUGGAGACAAAAAUUGGAUACGAAUUUUCUGUCAAGGGACUCUUAGUGGAGGCAACCACACAUUUAUCUGAGACAGAACAUGGAACUGGCUGCUGCUAUGAGAGGCUUGAAUUCCUCGGUGACUCGGUGUUGGACCUUCUCAUCACAUGGCAUCUAUAUCAGAGUCACACUGAAAUUGAUCCGGGAGAGUUGACUGAUUUGCGUUCUGCUUCUGUCAAUAAUGAAAGUUUUGCUCAAGCUGCUGUUAGAAGUAACCUUCACCCGCACCUUAUGCAUAGCUCAGGAUUAUUACAAGGCCAAAUAUCAGAAUAUGUGAAGGCCAUUUCUGAAUCAGAAGACAACACUGUAUCACUCCCAGGGAUUAAAGCUCCCAAGGCACUUGGAGAUCUAGUUGAGAGUAUCGCAGGAGCUAUACUAAUUGAUACGAAGCUCGACCUUGAUCAAGUGUGGAAGGUUUUCAAUCCUCUGUUAUCUCCCAUUGUUACUCCCGACAAACUUGAACUGCCUCCAUUGCGUGAAUUAAAUCAAUUAUGCGACUCUCUCGGCUAUUUUGUAAAAGUAAAAGUAAAGUGCGACAAGAAGGGAUUCAUGGACCAUGUUGUGCUUAGUGUACAGUUGCCAAAUGCUCUUCUGGUUCGAGAGGGACGGGGACCUAAUAAAAAAUCUGCAAAAGGAGAUGCUGCUUAUCAUUUGUUGAAGGACCUUGAGAAAAGGGGAAUUUCGUAUAGCUCGGCAAAGGGUAAAAGAGUAAUAGAUUUCAGUAUUCCAGCUUGUCAAGCUGAAGAACAACCCCCAAAGCCAGUAGCACAUAAAAAGCCCAAAUUGGACAAAUCUAACUUAACAGCAAAGGAAUCUACUUCUGAUAUCAAGGAGACUUCCAGUGAAUCCUCCGAUUGUAGUGGUUCCGUUCCAGUUUUAUCAAUUAAUAUGAACAAGGGAGGACCCCGGAGCCUACUAUAUGCAUUGUGCAAGAAAAAGCAGUGGCCAUUGCCUUCAUUUGAUUCAACAGAAUACAAGGACAGAAGUCAAUUUCAAUCGUGCGAAGGCCUGGAAGGAAGCAAAGGAACAAACUGUUUUGUGUCGAAAAUAAGUUUGUGCAUACCAGAUGAUGGUAAUAUAGAAUGCAAAGGAGAAGCUAGAGCUGAUAAGAAGAGCUCAUUUGAUUCUGCUGCAGUUCAAGCCCUCUACGAGCUUCAACGCCUCGGAAAAGUUCAAAUCGCGGAUGUUUCCCAAUAAUCUGUAGCUUUUAGACUCACCGACUAACUGACUGAAUGUAAAGGUAAUCAAGUCCUUCGCACUGCUGCAACCGAGGUGGUUCAAUUCUCUCCAGUUGUGCUGCAUUUUUAGCAGGAAAAACAAGUGCAAGAGGGGAGGGAAGGUGAAUUAAUGGAAGAUAGAGACUUGAUGAAGUGAGAAGAACAACAACAGAGAGAUAGAGGCUGUAGGUUUAAUAGAAUCAUAGAAAAUAUUGAUGAAUUUCAACAGAUAACUUAAUGUAUAAUCUGAUGAUAUACAUGGUUAUAAUUAUAAUGUAUAUUUUAGUUUUCUGUA